AGGCAGCGCUUCCUAAACGGGCCUAGAUGGGAGGGGUGGAGCCCAGCCCGGCUUUCGUCAGGCCAGGUUAAGGCUGGCAGCGCGGUGGCUCCUCGUGCCAUCGGAAGGGAGCGCAGGCUGCCGUGCCUGUCGCUCUACUCUACUCGCAGCAGCCCCUGCGGUUGCUCAUGGCAACCACUUCGUUGGCGCGCAGCUGCUGCAGGGGAGGGCCCGUUGUAAGGGUUCGCGCCGGCGAAUCCCAGCACGUGAGCAGGCCUCUGACGUCCAAACAAGACGGGCAGGCCCCGCUGCCGCGCACUGAAGGGUUAACCCUGGCAGAGAAAAGGAUCGUUGCGCUCCACGAGGAGGCAUGCGCAGCUGGACAGAAAAACUAUGUGGAUCCAGUUACUGGCUACCUAGUAUUGACAAAAGUUGCCCAUUUGGAGAGGGGAAACUGCUGUGGCUCUUCCUGUAGACAUUGUCCAUAUGGUCAAACAAAUGUUAAAGAUCCAUCCAAAAAGAAGCGGUUCAAUUCCUUCUUCUAUGCUUGAUGAUCGAAGGCUUUUGCAUCAUACCAUGAAGAAAGAAACGAUCAGCCAUCACUCUCACUCUUCCCCCCCCCCCACUGAUUUCUGCCUCCUAUUGCUCACCCAUUUUGCAUAUUGGCGUUCCUUUGACCUCUGCUGUUCUGUAUCCUGAAUAUUUUUCAAUUGUAAUUAAAAAAACUCCAUGUGUGUGCCAGUGA